AUACAUACACAAAAAUGGCGAGAGAGAAGAUGAAGAUAAAGAAAAUCGCCAACGGGGCAGCGCGGCAGGUAACAUUGACAAAGAGAAGGAAGGGGCUAUUCAAGAAAGCUGAAGAACUCUCUAUUCUUUGCGAUGCUGAAAUUGGCCUCCUCAUCAUCUCCUCUUCUUCUAUUACCCCAAUUCACUUCUUCACCUAUGCCACCACCAGUAUGAAGGACAUAAUUGAAAGGUACAAAUUGCACUCAAAGAACCUUGAUGAGUUGGAGCAGCCAUCGGAGCUGCAGCUAGUCCGGGACAGCAAUUUCUCCGAGAUUAACAAAGAAGUGGCUGAGAGAAGCCAUCAACUUAGGCGCAUGAGAGAAGAGGAACUUCAAGGAUUAAGUAUUGAUGAGUUGCACCGUCUUGAGCAGUCAAUGGAAGCUGGAUUGAGACGUAUUAUGGAGAAAAAGGAGGAAAAAAUCAUGAGAGAGAUCAAUCAGCUUCAAGAAAAGAUGAUGCAACUGAUGGAAGGCAACAAACUACUAAGACGAGAGGUUAUGGAUAUUAUAACAAAUGGAAGCGGCGACGAAGAAGUAAGUAAUGACGUGUUGUGUCAAUUAUGUCUGUAACUCAACUGGUCCUCCAGAAGCUUGGGCUGGCAAGGCGAAAUCUGAAUGUCCAAUUUUCAGGGAAUUGACUAUUUUAAUUGCUAAUUGGAUAUGGAUAUAAUAUGAAUGUAAUGCUAAGUAAUAUUUUUCUUUAUGGAUGUGUAAUAUAUAAUGAAUAAUCUCACUGUAGAAGGGAAUGCAUAGUUUGUAUAUGUUUUUAUUAUUGUUAUGAAAACGAGCUCAAAUCAAUCACAAAAA